AUGUGGUAUCACGUCUCCGAGCCCAAUUCGUACCUCGCCAUCACGGGCGUUGGUAUCGAGAAGGUCCGGAUCACAAAGAAAGCAUUCGUGUACCCGUUUCAAAAGGUGACCAAGCUGAGCAUCACGCCCUUCGACUUCUCUAUGUCGCUACAAGCCAUGACAAGCGAGAAGCUACAAUUCGCGCUUCCUGCGGUGUUCACGAUCGGACCAGAUGACUGCGAAGAGAGUCUCAUCAAGUACGCAGUGCUCCUGACCGGCGACAGCGAUGGCCAAGUAAACGCAGCCGGCAAAACUGGAUUGGUGGCCCCAGGCCGCAAUCACGUUCAGGAUAUUGUCAAAGGUAUCAUUGAAGGCGAGACCCGUUCUAUCGUCUCUACAAUGACAAUGGAGGAACUCUUCAACAACAGACGCCUCUUCAAGGCAAAUGUGAUCAGCAGUGUACAAGGGGAACUUGACCAAUUCGGAUUGAAGAUCUACAAUGCGAACGUCAAGGAGCUCCAGGACAUGGGCGAGAGCAGGUACUUCGAAUCGCUUGCCCGAAAGGCCCAUGAAGGUGCACAAUCCCAGGCACAAGUAGACGUUGCCCAUGCCAGAAUGUUGGGGAAAGUCGGUUCUGCUGAGAAGGAGGGCGAAUCGAAGCAGGAGAUUGCCAAAAUCGAUGCACGAACCGCCGUUCUGGAGACUGAGCGUAAGGUUGAAAAGGCCAACGCAGACCAGAAGCUCAAGACGAGAGAAAUCAUCAUCUCUCGUGAGCUAAAGCUGGAGCAAAUCGCUGCCUCAAGGGCGGCCGAGCAACGCGAUGCAGAGCUACAAAAGGACGUCGAGCGGAAGAGAGCAGAGAUGGAACUGGAGAGACUGAGAGCUACCACAGUGACUCAGGCCAAGAUUGCCAAAGAAUCUGCUCAGGAGAAAGCCGAUGCCGAUCUUUAUACGGAGACGAAACGAGCAGACGCUGAACAAUACAACCAGAAGGCAACAACAGAGGCCAUCUAUUUCAAUUCCAAACAGGAAACCGAUGCUGCGAAUUAUAAGCGAAUGCAGGAUGCCGAAGCCAUGUUGGCAGCUCGCGGAAAGGAAGCAGAAGCAAUGUACAUCAUGAAGGCUCGCGAAAUCGAGGCAUCGUUCUUAGCGAAAGAGCGGGAAGCCGAGGCAGCUUUCAUCGCAAGGAAAAGAGAAGCUGACGGUCUCACUGAGAUGGCCAAGGCCUACGCUGCUCUUGGUGAGGUGAUGGGUGGACCGCAGGGGCUAUUAGAACUGCUUAUGCUGCAGUCCGGAACGUAUCAGAGCCUAGCUGAAGCGAACGCGAAAGCUAUCCACGGCUUGCAGCCAAAGAUCAACGUCUGGACGACUGGUGGCAAUGAUAGCGGAGCCGAUUCCAUGGCUCCCAUUCAGAACCUGUUCAAGGCCUUGCCGCCUUUACUCAGCACAAUUCGAGAUCAGACUGGUAUGACGCCUCCUUCGUGGUUGGCUAACAUGCCGUCUCAGAAUGGAGAGCGACCAGUUUCGGACAAGAAGCUAUCACCAAAGGAAAUGGCGCUGCUGGGCGUCAAUGGCGAUGAAGGGGACCACACUCGUGACUAG